AUGGGCUAUCGAGAAGAACAUAAAGUUGACUGUACUACGUUUAUGCUAAUUGGAAAGGCAGAGAAUUGGUGGAAAGUCACAAGCAACACUUUCCAAAAAGAAGGUGGAUUCAUCACUUGGGAUACAUUUAAGAUAAGUUUCUUGGAGAAUCAUUUCCCAGGGGAUCUAAAGAAACAAGAGGAGAAAGAAUUUCUAAGGUUAAAACAAGGAGGAGGAUCGGUUAAAGAGUAUGCUGUAAAAUUUCAUGAGCUGAUGAAGUACUGGAUCUACUUUCAGCAAGAAAAUGAUGACAGAGAUUGGUGUAAAAGAUUUGAGAAUGGAUUAAGGAGUGACCUUCGCACAAUAGUCAGUAUUUUCCAACUAACGGAUUUACCAACAUUAAUAAGUAAGUGUAUAAUGUUGGAAGAUAGUUUGAAAGGGGAGUUAGUGGAUAAUAAACCUGGAAGGUUGUUGGGGCAAGAAAAGAAGGUUAAUAAAUUUCAAAAAGAAUCAUGCUCAAAUGCCACUAAACUGCGAGCAAGGAAAAAGACACUUUAUAGUAACGAUCGCAACAAUUCUAAGGACUCUCAUAACAAGGCUAGAUGUUUCCGAUGCGGAGGACCCCAUGUAGUCAAGGAUUGCCCACAACCACCUGCUAAAUGUAAUUACUAUGGAAGAAUGGGGUAUACGGAAGGUGUUUAUUGGUGCGCCCCUCAAAGGAGUGGAAGCAUUGGUGAAGUGUUUUAG